AUGAACUCGCCCUGGAAAGGCAAAGCAAAAGCCACGAACCAAGAUUAUGAUGACUUGCGACCAACCAUAACUUACAGGCACCUUCUAUCCAAUAACCUCGGCGUUAGAGAUCCCCUACGCGUCGUCGCCUUAUGCGACAGUGACGCCUUCUAUGCUGCCUGCGAACGCAUUCGACUUGAGCUCGACCCGAGCGUACCAAUCGUUGUACAACAAUGGGAGAGUCUCAUAGCAGUGAGCUACCCUGCACGUGAAUUUGGCAUAUCCCGCAUGGAUAAGAUCAAGGACGCCAAGAAAAAAUGCCCUAAUCUACUUGCUGUGCAUGUAGCGACCUACAAGGAGGGCGAGAAGGAGCCCGGCUACUGGACAGAUAUCGAUACGCGCACUCAUAAGGUAUCCUUGGAUCUAUAUCGACGUGAAAGUAACAAGAUCAUUUCUAUGUUUAAGGAGGCUCUUCCAACCGGUGAAGUUGAGAAAGCCUCCAUUGAUGAAGCAUUCAUAGACUUUACUCGUCCUGUGAGAGAACAGUUACUUGAACGAUAUCCAUACAUUGCCCAAGUUCCUGUUGAUGCCCCAAAUGGGAUAGACAGUCCGCUGCCACCACCUCCUCCAAUAAAGUGGGAUGAUUUGGGGACAGUCAUACUACCAGAAGAAAUUGAUAGUGCUGGCGAACAAUCUAACAUUGAAGUUGAUGGAGAUGCAACAUGGCACGAUGUAGCGUUGUCAAUUGCCGCAGAGCUGAUGCGAAAGAUUCGUGAAGACAUACAUUCAAAGCUAGGCUAUACAACUUCUGCUGGUAUUGCUCGUAAUAAGUUUCUUGCGAAGCUUUGUGCCUCUUACAAGAAACCUAACAGUCAAACUAUUCUCCGGAAUCGGGCCAUUCCAGAUUACCUCCAUCCAUUGCCCUUUCAAAAAAUCCGCUUCCUCGGUGGAAAGCUCGGUGAUGCCCUAGCGAAAGAAUAUGAUGUUUCAACUGUGGGUGACUUGUUAACGGUUUCACUAGACGAAAUACAAAGCAAGUUCGGUGAGAAUGCGCUAUGGGUAUAUGAAUUCCUUCGUGGCAUUGACCGCACUGAAGUCAAAGAAAAGUCUGCGCUGUUCAAGAGCAUGUUAGCGUCAAAGAACCUUCCGAAGCCGAUAAUCCAGCCCUCGGAUGGACACCAAUGGAUCCGAAUCCUUGCUGCAGAACUGGCGUUACGACUCAAUGAUGCGAGAGUGUCAAUGCCGACGCUUUGGCCCAAGUCUAUUGUGCUUCAUGCUCGCAAAGGGUACGAAACAUCGCGAUCCAAACAAGCCACUUUCCCUUUCGUCCGCAAUGUGACAGUAGACGUGAUCGCGACAGCUGCCGAUAAGCUUUGGAAAGACCUUACUGACGACGCAAAGACCGUCAAUAUCACAUCGGUCCAACUAGCAUUUACUGGCCUGGAGAAGACCGAGAUGGGCCAGAAAAGCAUCGAAGGGUUCUUCACAACUCGAGAUGUCCAGCAAACAUCUCUCAAACGUUCGCGCGAAGAUGAUGAGCCUCUGGUCUCGCCUGAGAAGACUCUGCCCACAUCUAGCUAUGUCGAGGCUGUUUCAUUCAAGUGUACCCGAUGUCGUAAGACGAUCGCCCUUCGAGAAGACCAAGCGACAGGUGGUCCCAACGAAGUAGCACAGCGAUUGGCAACGUUACGAUCGGAACAUGGCGACUUUCAUUUUGCACAGGACUUGGCACACAGCACUGACGGGUCGGUGCCUGUACCUCGCGGUUCAUCGUCGAAACGGAAGAAAGUGGAAUCAGAAGGAAUUGCGAAGUUUUUCAUCAAGAAGUAG